AUGGAUGGCCUUGGCGCAGCUCAGAGUUUCAGUCCCAGUGGAUGCCCCGACUUCCUGCAGCUGCCUCCUCCACACACAUGCACGGGGCCAGACGGCGUGGAGGCCCUGUGCCAGCGGCUGGAGGUGCGCAGCAGCGAUGGAGGAAGACUACUGUUCACCGCAGAGGAAGAGGAGGUCGUCAUGACAACGGAGAAAUUCACCGUCACAGGCUCGGAAGGCGCCGUGUUUGGUCAUUCUGUGGAAACGCCGUUAAUCCUGGCCAAGUCCAGCGAAGACCUGAAGGAGGCCGCCAUCACCAGCCCUGAAGGGAGGCCGCCAUCACCAGCCCUGAAGGGAGGCGCCAUCACCAGCCCUGAAGGGAGGCCGCCAUCACCAGCCCUGAAGGGAGGCGCCAUCACCAGCCCUGAAGGGAGGCCGCCAUCACCAGCCCUGAAGGGAGGCGCCAUCACCAGCCCUGAAGGGAGGCCGCCAUCACCAGCCCUGAAGGGAGGCCGCGGGAGGCCGCCAUCAAAGUUGGCAGAAAAAAACAGCGUUCUGGCAGCGAGUUCCCGUGCGGCGUGGGGAAUGCAGAUGAGGGAAAGAAAAGGCCUUUAG